AGUAAUUAAAAAUCCAGAAGAAGAAAUAUUACAACUUAUUACAUAUCUAAAUUCUCAACUUGACCAAAGAAUGUUCCUCUUUAUUGAUUCCUGCAGUUGAAGAGUUGCUUAUGAGAGGAAUUGUUAUUAAGAAAGAUGACAGGGUUGAAUAUUGCGUUUGUCAAGAAAUUUAUGAAAAAUUGGGAAAUGCAACAGAAAACCCAAAUUUGAUUAAAAUCUCUACUAGAAUGUCAUCACUGGAAUCGAUGCUGCAGAUUAUUUCUGAAAAUAUAGAAUAUGCAGAUGGUUUCACAUCACAAUUAGUGAUAAAGUAUAGAACACAUUUCAAUAAGAGAUAUUUUCCGGAUUCACAUAUCCAUCUACAAAAGCUGAGAAUUCUCCAAACUCUUCUUACGAUAUAUCCUUUCAUAAAGAAUCAAAGACAAACCCUUAUUGAUUUAAUAGAAGAAAGUUUUUGCACAGAAAUUCACCAACCCUGCGUGAAACAACUAAUGCAGUGGUUAUUGCUUUGCUUAGUAAAAGACCAGGAUGAUGAUUACUUUAAUUCAAUAAAGGUUAAAAUUGAUACCGCGAGCAAAUCACAACCUUCAACUAUAGUUGCAUUUAUCAUGGUUCUUCUUCAUUUAACUCUGAAUAGACAAGAGUCCCACUGGUUCUCAGCUGUUGAAGCAUUAAUACCGUGGAGUAUGGGAGCGCAUUUCAAAUUGCGCGUCUAUUCUCAGGCAGCUUUAAAAAAGUUGUUAGAAGAAGGAAAACGAAAAAAUUAUGGAAAGUUUCUAGCAAAAUAUAGUUACUUAGAAAAAUCUAUUCUUUCCGUAAUUGAAGCAAGUGGGUAUGCUUUCUAUGAAACACUAAAAUCUGACGACCUUAUUUUUUCUGUAUUUCAACCCGAGAAGUAUUAUUCGUUAGAAACUAUUUAUGUAGAUAUCCCAAGACUUAAUGGAGUAACUGGAACUGAAUGGGAAAAUAUAUUAAAAUACAAAUUUAUUACUCAAAAAUGUAUUCCCACAUAUAACGAAAAUCGGUCAUUUUCGAAUUCUGUAACAAUGAGUAUAGAAAAUAAUGUAAAGGGAAAAGCCAAUGAAGUAAUAUGUAAAAAUGUUUAUAAUAUCCAAAGAAAAAUAGAUCCUUGGAAAAAUGUAAUAGAGGAACAAGGAAGUAAUAAACAAAUAAGCGAAUUUAUUUUAAUUGCUUCUUUGAUAGACAAGUCAACAAACCUAGGAGGAUUAUCACGAACAUGUGAAGUGUUUGGCAUAAAACAACUGGUUUUAAAUGACAUAAAAAUAUUAAGCAAUAAAGAAUUUAAAAGUUUAAGCAUGUCAUCAGAGGACUGGGUUAAUGCUGUAGAAGUUAAAACUUCUGAAUUAAAAAAAUUUAUCUGUGAAAUCAGAAACGGAGGCUAUUCUGUAAUUGGCGCUGAACAAACAUCUGACAGUAUUUGUCUCGAUAAAUACAAAUUUAAUAAGAAGACUGCUUUAGUAUUAGGGAAUGAAAGAGAGGGAAUACCGCCAGAUAUUAUACCAAUUCUUGAUGCUUGUAUAGAAAUACCACAGUUUGGAAUGGUGCGUUCUUUGAAUGUCCAUGUAGCUGGUGCUACAUUUAUAUGGGAAUACGUUAAACAACAUUUAAUUAAAUAAUGUCUAUUAUAAAUAUAAGUGUAGAUACAUUACUUUUUGUAACAUUUUAGUGAUAAAUUAAUAAAA